GCACAGGUUAAUUUUUGUAAGCACAAAUCAUCAUUUCAAAGGUAAUUUAAUAUUGCAAAUAAAAUGAAAAUUUUCAUUAUAUUUUGUAUGGUGGUAGUGUGUCAAGUUAGUUGUACUGAUUUACAAUAUGGCUCUUGUCAUCGAGCUGAACUCCAAUAUAACCGUGACAUAAAGGACGAUUUCACAUUUAUGAAGACUAUUGAAGAAAUACACUCAUACUGUACUUGUGACCCUCGACAAGUAAUAAAAUGUGUGACAGUAGAGGACAAUUGGACAGAUGGAACCAACGGAAUGGCCAGUAUCAUCAGUGGAGGACCUGAUUAUAAUUGCGUAACCGUCAAAUUUCAAUCUCAAUUUGGUAGGGGCUACAAUUUUAAUCUAAAAGUUUACGUUAAACCCUAAUAUUAAAUUAUAAUUGUAUACAAAAAGUCUUCAUGACAUGCAUUCAUAUUAAUUUUUAAGAGUUUUAACAGGUAUC